ACAAGGAAGGUACAAAACCAUACACUCCAACGAAAUGAGAGCUCUGAAUUCCAGAUUCGUUCUAGUCGACAUCACAAACGACGCCGUCUCAUGGCGCCACCGUCAGUGGCGGCAUUCCCACCUCGUCACCAUGUCGCAGCGCGGCGGAGCUCAUCAGAGACCCCCCACGGCGCCUCUGAAGCAAUCCCAGCCCUCGAGCCUCCGCACCCAGCAGAUCCGGAAACCGUCGGAUCGAUCCACGUCCUCGAAUGGGUCUUCGUCGGCUUCGACCUCGACUUCCCGAUUCCAGGCGUGCACGGAGCUUGAUUUGUUCCUCGAGAUGUUACCGUCGAGGGUGAGGAGAGAGCUUAGCGGGCAUGGUGAGAUAGGGGAGUUGAUUGAGGUGGUUAUGGAUUUGGGGAGGAAGCCUCUCGCUAGGUUUCCUUCCGGGGAUUGGAUUAUUUCAGAUCAGCCCGUUAAGCAUGAGGAUUUAGUGCACGCCAUAUCUAAGGUUGGUGACUUUUCGGAUGAUAACCGUUCCGGAAUCGAUAGAUCAUUACAUCGCAUUAGUGCUAUUAGAAACCGUAAAUUGCAAAUUAUCGGCCUCACUUGCCGGGUGGGUCGAGCUGCGUCUGGAAGUGCUGAGAUUAUUCACGACUUGGUCGAGGGAGGAGGUUCCAUCCUGGUCAUAGGUCCUCCUGGAGUUGGCAAAACGACCUUAAUCAGAGAAAUAGCUAGAAUGUUGGCAGAUGAACACAUGAAACGUGUUGUCAUUGUUGAUACAUCGAAUGAGAUUGGAGGUGAUGGAGAUGUCCCCCAUGAAGGAAUAGGGCGUGCAAGGAGAAUGCAAGUUCCGAAUGUAAAUAUGCAGCAUAAUGUUAUGAUUGAGGCGGUUGAGAAUCAUAUGCCUGAGACCAUCAUAAUUGAUGAGAUAGGUACAGAGCUUGAAGCAUUAGCUGCCAGCACUAUUGCUCAAAGAGGAGUUCAGCUGGUUGGAACAGCCCAUGGAAUGACCAUCGACAACAUAAUAAAGAACCCUUCUCUACAGAUCCUUGUCGGUGGCAUCGAGAGUGUAACUCUGGGUGAUGAAGAAGCAAGGAAAAGGAAAGUGCAAAAGACUAUUCUCGAACGAAAGGGCCCGUCGACCUUUACAUGUGCUGUUGAGAUGAUAUCUAAGACCGAGUGUCGUGUCCAUCAUAGACUUGAUUCAACUGUGGAUGCUAUACUGGCUGGGAAAUGUCCUUUAUUUGAAAUCCGUCAGAUGGAGCCUGAAGCUAAUGUUCCUAUCAAGUCUACUGUGAUGACUAAAAUCGAACAUCGUGAACUAUCUCACAUGCUUCUUAAUGAAGAAAAAAGUGAUGAAGUACAUUAUGACGAGGAAGAUGAACAAUCUGCGUUGCAUGUUAAUGAAGAAAAACGUGCUGCAGUUCAUUGUGACGAGGAAGAUGAGCAAUCUGUGUUGCAUGUUAAUGAAGAAAAACGUGCUGAAGUUGAUUUUGGUGAUGAAGAUGAAGAUGAUCUUCCUAUUCCUAAAAAGAAACACAGGUUUACCAGGUCCGCUAGCAAACGGAACUCUCCAAUAUUUGUUUAUACUUACAAGAUCCUUGAAGCUGAUCUCUUACAAGUAGCAACAGUAAUGGGACUUGAAGAUGAACUAGAUGUCACCGAUGACAUUGGGAUGGCCGAUGCGAUUUUAGCAUCCGCCUUGGAAAUAAAGCAGAACCCAUGGAUUCGUGGAAUAGCAAAGUUCCACAAGUUGCCAAUGUUUGUCAUUAAGUCAAAUACCAUGGCACAAAUGGUCAAGGCAGUGCGCAUGAUUCUCGAGAGGGAAUCAUAUACCUCAAAAUCGAGGCUUCUUAACAGAAAUUCUUCCGAUAUCGAGGUUGAAGAUGAUGCACCGAAACGAAAACCCACCUUGGAAGAGAUCGAUGCCUUAGAGGAGGUUCGUCUAGCGAUUGAGUAUAUCGUUAUACCUGGAGGUGAACCAGUUGAACUUCUUCCGAGACGUUCCGAAAUAAUUGCCCGUCAACUUGAGCUUGUCAAAAGCUAUCAGUUGGAUGCAGAAAACUCAGGUACCGAGCUUAACCCAAGGUUGCAAAUUCUUCCUCAUAGAAACAAAAGGCUUUCAUCGAAAUCCCUCAAAACUACGUCGAAUUUACAAAAUGAGACUGGAUUGAAGCCGCUAACUGAUAGCAGUGGAGGAACAAGUGUUACAAGGCUUCCCUUCCUGCCUGAAUAAAACAUUAUUUUCAAUCAUAUGAAUCAUUGACUGAUACAAAGCUCCAAUUCUUGUACAGUUCAUAUGUAGGUUAUGUAUCUCAUCACGUAUUAUUUGACAUUGUAAAAUGUAAAAUAGUACAAUGCAAUUUAUUAUCGUUUUCUUUCUCAAUCAAA